AUGGUCCAGCCAGAUUUGUCCAGAGUGCCAGGAUUCAGAAGUCAGUUCCAAAGCAGCCCAAAGGCCUCCAAGCUGCUGGGGGCCCCAUGUGAUGCAGUGACAUCCCUUGCUUUGCUGAGAUCAUUUCUGGUGCUAUGGAAGCAACUGGAAGUGCUAAAGGAGCACUGGGGCCAACUCAAGCUGCGAGGCCAGGACAUCAAUUCUCCCUCUUUCCACAAACAGUUCUCAGAGCUCUAUGGAACUGACAUUCUCUACCCCAGCAUGAAAGCUAUAGCUAGGCAGAUGGGGACAGAAGAUGAAUUUGAAGGACUUAUAAUAAGUAGUCAGUCUAUUCUUCCCCCCAAAGGAGCUUCAGAAAUUGAAAUAAAAACCCAACAGCUUCAGAAACUUCUGGAAAAUCUUGAAAUUCAUAUGAUCCAGGAGGUGUUAAGAAAAGUCAACAGAGAGAUAACACUGGUUGUAUCAGAAAAGUCCAAGGAGCAGCAUACUCUCCCGACAGAUCUUUGGAAACACCAAGUCAUGAAGGAAAACUUUUCAGUUAUCAGGCCACAAAUAGUUGAAAAUUUUGUACAGAGAUUACUGGAGAAUUACCAGGAUGGCGGACUAGAGAUCACUUUCAGGAAAGACCACCUCGAGGCCUGCCUCCUUUCCCUGGGCUGUGAUGUGAUGGCCAGAGAACGCAGCAACUUUGAGAGCUACUCCAUGUGUUACGAGCAUGUAUUGGAGCAUGCUAGGCAGAAGCUCUGCCAGAAGGAGCAAGAAUUAGACAUUACACAAAGAGGUCAGAGUCCACCUGAAGACAAGGCUGGUCAGGUUGCAGAGCUCAGUCACAACAUGAUCAUGGAACUCACUGCCCUGAGAGCUCAGCUCACGGAUUUGGAGGAGGAGAAGCUUAAUCUCAAAAGGCAAAUUCGGAAAGAAGUCCAAGAAGAAUGUGAAGCCUUAGUCCAAGCUUUGUUUGUGACAUGUUUGCACAUCAAAGAGAAGCUGGAUGAGAAUCAGCUUAAUUUGAUCCAGAAAGUGUGUGAGCUCAUCGGCGAAGUGAGAGCAGAAGGGAUUGACAACAUGAAAGGCCUGAAGAAGAAGUGGGGCUCCGCCAGACCUGACGAAGACGUGAGAGACGAUCCAGCCAAAAAAAGUGCCAGGGCAGCCUUUCCUGAAACUGAGCCUUCUCAGCAGCAGCAGCUGAGGGCCUUGGAGCAGGACAGCUGCAGCCUGGACACCCUGGUGCACAAAAUGAGGAGCCUGGGCCACUGGAGGCUGGCGGUGCAGCAGGCGCGCUUCCGGGGCCAGCUGGCCAGGGCUGAGAAGGAAGCUCUGCAAAGUAAAAAAGAGUGUUUGAACAUCAAGCUAAUGGCAGAACAAGAAGUGGUUUUAUUUCGCCAACAGCUAUCGGCUCUAAGGCAGGCCCUGGCCAGGGCUCAGGCGGACAACGUGAGGAUGUGCAAGCAGAAGGAGGGCCAGGCGCAGUUGCUGAAAGAGUUAGAACACAGAGUGACCCAGGAAACUCGCCACCGGCAGCAGCUGGAUUUAAUGAAAACCUCCAGCAUGGAGAAGCUCUUGGAGGAUGUGGAGCAAAAAGAACAGCACCUGCAGCUCCUUACUGAAGAGGCCAAGAGGGCUUCUAAACUGGGCCAGCUCCAGCAGAAGAAAAUUCAGAGAGAACUCUGGCAGCACCUUUCCCCUCAGAUGAGAAGCCGGCUUGCCCACGAGCGUAGCAUGAAGCUGGAUGCCUUCCAGCGGGUAGAAGAGCUACAAAGUCAGCUUAAUGACGCUGAGCGAUCCUCAGCCUGGAGGAGCUCACCAGGAGGCCUUAUAUCCCAGGCUCAGUGCUCCCUAAGCUCUGCUUCCACAUCGUCCAGAUACACCCAGCAACACCUUUUAAAGACUCAUCUCACGGGCAGUAAAAUGACAAGAAGGAUUCAAAGGCCAAAGACUGUACCUAUUAAACACCAAAAAAGAAUCCACCAUGCCUUCCUACCCAAGGUGGCAGAAAAUGUUCAUCUUUCAGCUUUUCAAGUUAAAACGGCUCCAUCCAGAAUCCCAUUCAGACCUGAUUGGUGAUCAUAUAUCCU